AUGAUACUAAAUAUAAAGCAUAUCUUGUGGUUAUGUUGUCUCUGCGAAGCUGCACAUGCAACCGCCUCCAACACAUUAUCGAUAAUCAGACCAGUCACUGGGUCCCUCUCAGGGAAGGUAAAUCUUCCCUGCUUCUUCUCCAUCAUCCCGACCACAGCACCAGUCACCAGCCCCAAUGGAAUAGCCAUUUAUAGCAGAGAUUACUUGCGGAUCAAAUGGACCAAAAUAGAGGGAGAAGUGGAAUCCACAGUGCUGGUGGCACAAAAUGGCGUCAUCAAGAUUGGCUCCAGCUACAGGAACCGCGUGUCAGUGCCCAGUCACCCCGAGGACGUUGGUGACGCCUCCCUGACGAUGGUGAAGCUGCGUGCCAGUGAUGCGGGCACUUAUCGCUGCGAGGUCAUGUACGGCAUUGAAGACACCCAAGAUACAGUUAACCUCGACGUCAAUGGUGUUGUCUUUCACUAUCGGGCAAGCACCAGCAGGUAUACAUUGGACUACCAGAACGCUGUCAGAACUUGCCAAAAAGUUGGAGCAACCAUUGCUACAUAUGACCAACUUAGAGCAGCCUAUGAGGAUGGGUUUGAUCAAUGUGAUGCCGGCUGGAUAGCGGACCAGACUGUGAGAUACCCAAUCACAAGGCCAAGGAACGGCUGCUAUGGCAACCUGAAGACUAAACCUGGCAUUAGGUCAUAUGGAAUCAGGAAACCCAUGGAGACCUAUGAUGUAUACUGUUAUGUAGAUAAACUGAAAGGUGAAGUGUUCUAUGCUCCCGUGACCCGUAAGAUGACUUUAGAGGAGGCCCGUGAAGAUUGCAGGCAGAGGAAGGCUGUUUUGGCAACCCCUGGCCAGCUACAUGCCGCCUGGCGACAGGGCCUGGACAAAUGUGACUACGGCUGGCUCUCCGACGGCAGUGUACGUCAUCCUGUUGCAGUCCCCAGAAUGCAGUGUGGGGGCGGCCUGCUCGGUGUGAGGACCAUGUAUCGCUACCGAAACCAGACUGGCUUCCCUGAGCCAACUAAGAAGCUUGGAGCUUACUGUUUUAAAGGAAGGAGAGAGGUGAUCAACCAGACGUCCUUUGUGGAUGUGUUUGUGGUGGGAAGCGCCAGCGCCACCAUAAGCUCCACUACCUCCACCCCAUUACUGGAGACUAGCAUCCCUACGCUAACCCCAGAAUCGGAAUUUGUUUCAGAGACGGAUGGAUCACCUGACUCUCCAGUUCCUACAAAUGUCCCGUCCAUGUUCUCUACCAGUAUGUCUCCACCUCGCUCCACUCCAGCAGGCGAAGAAGGAGAGUUAAUCACCACAGUCGCACCCACCAUCAAAGAGGAACACCAGGAAAAUGACGACAUUACAGCCGCACCACUCCAAUACACGACAGGAAGCCCUGGUACCACAGGGUCCGUUGAGGAGACAGAUGAUCACUCUGUGAUUGAGGUCGGCACCAUCCAACCUGAUGUCCCAAUAACAGAUGCCUCUCUCAGCACAGAGCCCAUGUUUGCUGAGGGGAAGACUGAGGAAACUAUUGUGGGCACUGGGAUAACCACAGCGAUGACCUCGGACCACACCGACACUCCAACAGAGUCAACCGAACUGACCAGCGAGGAAGUGUUCAGCUCUUCAGAAUCAACACACUCACCCACUGGUCUUCAUUCAACAACACCCUUCCCAGAUUAUGAUCCCGGCAUGGAUGAAAUUGAGACGGGUUUUGUUGUAGAGGGAGCUCCACCGCCUCAGCCUCCACAGGGCUCUUCAUCCACACCGUCAGACAGCACCGCUUUUAUUGAUGGAACAAAAAUCCCCACAGCCCUUCCCACUGACACCACCUUUAUGUGUAACACCGACCCUGGCAAAGAGGCGAGCCACCAGACAGGACCACCAGAGACAACACAGACCGCCACUGAUGAAGAGACACCCGCUGUUGUCCACAAGGAAGAGAAUACUACUGUAACCAUGCCGUCCGCCACCGUCCUGACUGACGGUGGACCCUCAGCCGAACUUGGGACAUCGUCAACAAGUGUUUUCGAAGAGUCCAUCACUCAGGUGACCGAGCACAGCGGUGACACCCUGACAGAGGUCGACACAGCAACAGAGGUUGGCCUGGAGUUUUUUACAUCUGCUCCCAUGUCUUUGGCCGUGGCUGAUGCAACCACCACUCCAGGUACAGCGGUCGCUGAAGAGCAGUCCAUCCAAUCGACCACUUCCAUGCAGGUCCAGAAUAUAUCAGUCUGCCAAGCUGAAGUUUUGGUUGACGUGUGUUCUCAGUGUGAACUUCUGCUCAAAAGACUGAUCAGGCUUCAAGCCUCCUUUGUCAGUUCAGCUGAGCAGAUGGCCUGA